UUAGAGGAAAGCGAAGGGCUGCUUUGCUGCCCGCCCCUUCCUCGUCGCGAAGGGUUCCCUCUCCCGUUCCCUAAACCCUAUAUAAGGAGCAGCAGGAGGUGGAGGAGUACUAGCGAUCUCGCGACCAUGGCGCACGCUUUAGGAGCUGGGGCAUCCGUGUCGCCAUCAGUCGGAACGGAUGCGUCGCUGAGGAAAACCGGAUUCAAGGAUCAUAAUAAACUUCGCUUCGACAAUAAAUUAUGGAUUACUUUGUCAUCUGUAAACUUGAAGAGCAGGUAUUCAUCAACAAAAUACCAGUUCAAGGUGAUGUCUAUGUCUGUCCAACAAGCAGUCCGAAGUAAAAUUCCAGUUCAACCUUUGGAGCUUGAGAAUGCUAAUGAGCCCCCGCUAAAUCUGUACAAACCCAAAGAACCGUACACAGCAACAAUUGUCUCAGUUGAGAGGCUUGUUGGUCCGAAAGCGCCUGGUGAGACAUGCCAUAUUGUGAUUGAUCAUGGUGGCAAUGUACCUUACUGGGAAGGGCAAAGUUAUGGCAUCAUUCCUCCUGGUGAGAACCCAAAGAAACCUGGAUCUCCCCACAAUGUGCGUCUCUACUCUAUUGCAUCAACUAGGUAUGGGGAUUCGUUUGAUGGCAAGACGGCCAGCUUAUGUGUCCGACGAGCUAUCUAUUAUGAUCCAGAGACUGGAAAGGAGGAUCCUUCAAAGAAUGGCACUUGCAGCAAUUUUCUUUGCAACUCAAAGCCAGGAGACAAGAUUCAGCUCACAGGACCUUCUGGGAAAAUUAUGCUGCUACCAGAGGGUGAUCCAAAUGCCACCCAUAUCAUGAUUGCGACAGGGACAGGGGUCGCUCCAUUCCGUGGAUACCUUCGCCGUAUGUUCAUGGAAGCUGUGACCACUUACAAGUUUGGUGGCCUUGCAUGGCUCUUCCUAGGGGUUGCAAAUACUGACAGCCUUCUCUAUGAUGCUGAGUUUAGCAGCUACCUAAAAGACUAUCCUGAUAACUUUAGGUAUGAUAAGGCUCUCAGCAGGGAACAGAAGAACAAGAAUGGUGGGAAGAUGUAUGUCCAGGACAAGAUUGAGGAGUACAGUGAUGAAAUCUUCAAGCUGUUAGAUGGAGGUGCACACAUUUACUUUUGCGGUCUGAAAGGGAUGAUGCCUGGAAUUCAAGAUACACUAAAGAGGGUGGCGGAACAGAGAGGAGAAAGUUGGGAUGCUAAGCUCUCUCAGCUUAAGAAGAAUAAGCAAUGGCAUGUUGAAGUCUACUAAGAUGAAAUGCAUUACAUCACAUCUUCUGGGCAUGUGAUUAUGUUCUCAUUAGGUAGCAGCUGUCAGAUUCUUAUGGUCCUUUCACAGAGGAUCGUUCAUUCAUCUGUUGAGUUCUGCCAAUUCUCGAUCAAGAUAUGGAGCAGCUAAGCUUUGACUUUAGGCUCAUCCUACUGGAGAGGGGAGAUUGGUCUGGACACAUAAAUCAACAGUUAUUGUGGUCAAAUUUGUUGAAAUUCCAAUAAUCAAGAAAUUGUUCUGUCAAA